AUGCUAGCCUCAAUCUUCCUUACUAUCAUAGCGCUUGUGGCAGUGUACUAUAUUGCUGCACAGAGCAUCAAGACCAGAUGUUUACCACAGGGUACGAGACUACCAGAUGGACCGCCAGGAAGAUCAUUCGUCGGCAAUCUUCCUGACAUACCGCCGAAGCACAGCUGGCUGAAGUUCUACGAGUGGAAGAAGAAGUAUGGCGACCUCUACCGCAUCAAACUUGCAGGGAGAACGAACAUCAUUGUCAGCACGGAGGAGAUCGCGAAUGAUCUGCUGAGAGAACGAGGCAAUAUCUAUAGCUCCCGAGAACAGCUCCCAAUGGCUGCGCAGCUUCUCAGCGACAAUCUAAGGCCACUGCUAUUACCAUAUGGCUCAGAGUGGCGUGAGGUCAGAAAACUAAUGCAUAGUCUCACGAACGUCAGUAUGACAUCGUCAUACGAGCCCGUGCAGGAAGAAGAAAGCACCCGGAUGUCCGCUGGUCUCAUCUUGCGCAUAGCUUACUCCAAGCCGGUGCAAACUGGCGAAGAAGAGUAUGUGAAGCGGAUUAUGCAGGUCAACCAUCACUUAGAGCGGAUAGCAAGUCCCGGCUCGUAUCUCGUAGACACUUUUCCGAUCCUGAUGAAGUUGCCUUCUUUCUUGGCGCCGUUCAAGAAAGAGGGCAACAGAUUACAUGCGGAGGAGCUCAAUCUAUUCCGUGAUCUGCUGGACCGAGGUGUCGAAGCAGGAGACGCUGCAGCUCCCAACUUCUGUCAAAGGUGGUUUGCCGAGAAGCAGAAAUACCACUUAAGCAAAGAUCUCGUGGCAUAUGCCAUUGGUACAAUGUUUGAAGCUGGGGCGGGAACAACUUCUGCAGCAAUGGGAAGGUUUUUGCUUGCAAUGACGUUGCAUGAGAAUGAGUUCCGCAAGCUGCAAGCAGAAGUUGAUGCUGUUGUUGGCCACGAUCGCCUCCCACGACUAAGCGAUAUGCCGAAGUUGCCUCGCGUGCGUGCCGUGGCAAAGGAGACACUUCGAUGGCGUCCGGUCACGGCUGGCGGGCUUCCACACCAGCUGACGAAAGACGACGUCUACACUCUCGAGAACGGUGAGAAAGUCUUCCUCGAGGCAGGUGCCAAUGUGCACCCAGUACAAUGGUCCAUACAUCGGGAGCCGAAGCGCUACCCAGAUGCUGACAGCUUCCGACCAGAACGCUGGCUUGAGCCGUCGUGGCCGACGUACAAGGAGCCCUUGACCACGUAUCCGAAUCUACAGAACUUCAGUGCUUUCGGUUUUGGAGGCGCAUUUGUGCUGGACAACAUAUUGCCGAACGCUCGUUGUAUAUCGAGAUUGCAAAGAUCGCUUGGUGCUGUCAUAUCUCGCAGGUAA